UGACCAUGUUUUUGUUAUUCCUUACUCAGGUUUUAAUUAUCACUACCUCUCAAGGAUUUUUCCUCAAGGCUGCCAAUGAGUGUAUGAAACCUCCAGUGUCUAGUAAUUUUACUAAUGAAAGAUAUUAUGGAUUAUGGUAUGAGAUAGGUAAAAUACAGACUGCUGGUGGUGCCUAUUUUGAGAAAGACUGUGUUUGUACCACUAUAGAUGUUCAGCCUGUUCAAGGAGCAACUAAUGGUAAUUCUACAGCAUUCAAUAGUUGUAGAAAGGUUACACCAUCUGGAAACUUUCUAAAUGCUACAGGUACUCUUACUAGUGAAAAGCCAGCAGGUCACUGGCAGGAAGGUUUCUUUCCACUUGCUCCAAAGGCAUCAUAUACAGUAAUCUAUCUUGAUGAUAACUAUGCUAUAGAAUAUGAUUGUUCAUCGUUUCUAUUUAUGACAAAUUAUUGUGUUCACUUACUAUCAAGAACACCAACAGCUGAUAACACUACCAUUAACAAAUUAUUGACAGUAGCUAAUAAUCUUCAACUAAAUACACAGAAUUUACCUUAUCAUCAAACAAAACAAGAUGGUUGCUGGUAAAUAUAUAUAUUGUAAUUUGUUAAUUCUUUCAUAUCUAUAUCUAUAUUAUAUGGGUUUUCAUGGAAGAUGACUCAAUUUUAAACGUUGAGAGAUUUAUUUAGAUUUAUGAAUUUCUAUUUUUUGGUUAAACAGAAAUUCAAGCAAAAUCUUCAUUGUGUAUAAAAUUUAUAGCAUAGUUAAGAAUGUUGAAGAAACUGUGGGUACAAUAUUAAUAUAAUGGAAUGAUCAUGUUGAAUAAAUUUGUUUUCCUUCGCCUUUGAUGUCAAAAU